AUGUCUGCUGACCACACUAGAGAUCCCUGCCCGAUCGUCAUCGUCAGCGACUUUGGAGGUGCCUUUGCCAUGGGUGCCUUCGGUGGCUUGAUCUGGCACGGUAUCAAGGGUUUCCGUAACUCUCCUUAUGGAGAAAGAUCAUACGGUGCAUUCAACGCCGCAAGAACCAGAGCUCCAGUUGUUGGAGGUAAUUUCGGUGUUUGGGGUGGUCUCUUUUCUACUUUCGACUGUGCUGUGAAAGGUGCCAGAAAGAAGGAGGAUGCGUGGAACGCCAUCAUUGCAGGUUUCUUCACUGGUGGCGCUUUGGCGAUCAGAGGUGGGUGGAAAGCCACGAGAAAUUCUGCCAUCACAUGUGCAUGCUUCUUGGGUAUUAUCGAAGGUGCGGGUAUGAUGUUGCAAAGAGCUAUGGCUCAGCCUGCUAUCGCCCCUGUUUACGGUGAGGAGCCGAUGGCUGCUUGA